UACGUGCUGACGCAGAGAGGCAGUUUAGCUCUGGGGUUUUUCCACUUAUGUUGGGUUUAGUGUUGAAGGAGGGCUGCUUAAGAACAGGGCCCUAUAAAUGAAAUCCACUCUUUCACCAGUCACCGAUUCAGUUGCAGUAAAGUAACCGAGUGAUCUGUGAGCAGCUCAGGGAUCCUCUAGCCUCUGGGAUCCCAGGCACAGAAGGCUGGAGAAGUACUGGACCAAGAGUAAGGGCGUUAUCCCCGGAGUACAGUACUGCUUUUGUUGAAUGGCCCGGGGUGAAAAGAUGCAUUCUUUAAAAGAUUUUCACAAAGACACCCUGAAGCCCUCCCCCGGGAAGAGUCCGGGUACCCGGCCCGAGGAUGAAGCAGAUGGGAAGGUGCAGCGGGAGAAAUGGGCCAGCAAACUCGACUUUAUCCUGUCCGUUGCCGGAGGCUUCAUUGGUCUUGGGAAUGUGUGGAGAUUUCCCUAUCUCUGCUACAAGAACGGUGGAGGUGCUUUUCUCAUCCCAUACUUUAUCUUCCUGAUUGGUGGAGGGCUGCCUGUGUUCUUCCUGGAGGUAGCACUUGGUCAGUACACUUCCCAAGGGGGCAUCACCUGUUGGGAGAAACUCUGUCCCAUUUUCUCUGGAAUCGGCUGUGCGUCCAUCGUCAUUGUCUCCCUGUUGAAUGUUUACUACAUCGUUAUUCUGGCCUGGGGACUCUACUACCUCUUCCAGACCUUUCAGAGUGAACUACCCUGGGCAACGUGUGGCCAUAGCUGGAACACCAAGAACUGUAUUGAAGACCGCCUGAGGAAAAACAUCUCCCUGUGUGUGACCUGCAAUGGCACGAACCUCACGUCACCUGUGACAGAAUUUUGGGAGCGGAACGUGCUCGGCCUGUCUUCUGGAAUUGACCAGGUGGGCUCUCUGAAGUGGGAACUGGCGCUCUGCCUCAUGGCAGCUUGGAUCAUCUGCUUCUUCUGCAUUUGGAAGGGUGUCCGUUCGACUGGCAAGGUGGUUUAUAUCACUGCGACAUUUCCUUUCCUCAUGCUGUUGGUCUUAUUGAUCCGUGGAGUCACUUUGCCAGGAGCAACUCAGGGAAUCAAAUUUUAUCUAUAUCCUGACAUUACUCGCCUCGGUGACCCACAGGUAUGGAUUGAUGCGGGCACACAGAUCUUUUUCUCUUAUGCAAUCUGUUUGGGAGCGAUGACAUCACUGGGAAGUUACAACAAAUAUAAAUAUAACUGUUACCGGGACUGUAUGCUCCUGGGAUGUCUCAACAGCGGUACCAGUUUUGUUUCGGGCUUUGCGAUAUUUUCCAUCCUUGGCUUCAUGGCUCAAGAACAAGGGGUGGACAUAGCAGAUGUAGCUGAGUCAGGUCCUGGUCUGGCAUUCAUCGCUUACCCUAAGGCUGUGAGCAUGAUGCCUUGGCCUACCUUCUGGGCUAUCUUGUUUUUCGUAAUGCUCCUUCUUCUCGGAUUGGACAGUCAGUUUGUGGAAGUUGAGGGGCAGAUUACUUCCCUGGUCGAUCUUUACCCAUCCUUCCUAAGGAAGGGUUACAGACGAGAAAUCUUCAUAGCUAUAACAUGCACACUCAGCUACCUGCUGGGGCUGACUAUGGUGACUGAAGGUGGGUUGUAUGUGUUCCAGCUGUUUGACUACUAUGCAGCCAGCGGCAUGUGCCUUCUCUGGGUGGCAUUCUUUGAAUGUAUUGCAAUAGCCUGGGUGUAUGGAGCUGAUGAUUUCUACGAUGCAAUUGAAGACAUGAUAGGCUACAGGCCUGGGAUUUGGAUGAAGUGGAGCUGGACUGUAGUCACUCCACUGUUGUGUAUGGCUUGUUUUAUCUUCUCUCUUGCCAAGUACACGCCAUUGACCUACAACAAAGUCUACAAGUUCCCUGAUUGGGCGGAAGGUUUGGGUUGGCUGUUGGCUCUGUCCUCCAUGAUCUGCAUCCCUUUGGUGGUGGUUGUGAAGAUUAUUCAGUCAGAUGGGCCAAUAAUUGAGCGGAUUAAGAUGCUGACUGCACCGAAGGGAGAAGGAAGGAAGCCGAAAGAUGUAGCGUUGGAUGCUGAAGCCACAGUUCCACUCAGUCCCAAUGGGACUGCAGGAAACGAAGUUGGAAAGCCCACUCAGAUAAUUAUAGAAACUGCGAUGUAAGCUCUCUAUGAGAGACUAAAAUUGUGCUUUUUUUUUUGUUUGACAUGAACUCCAGCCUUUCCAGGACCAGAUAACCCCAUUCACCUAAACCUCAGUUUGAACUGAAUGUUUAAUCCCUCAGAACAUAGUAAAUAAAACUAUAGAAACAACUCACCUCUGUAACUUGGUCAAGCGAUCACUCACAAGUAUUCCAAGUGUUGGUCACUCCAAUCCAAAGGCUAGGUUCAGUUUCCUAAUCCUUGGGGAAAUACUCUGGCUGUGUUUCCAACAUCAAGGUGAUCUGCUGGAGUUUUAUUUGUUUUUUUUUUGCCCAGUUGCCCCCUUCUCCAUCCCUUCAUCACCUUCAAUGUGGUUUUCUGAUUUGUAGAACCCUACCGACCACCAGCACCAACCACCACCCCCCACCCCCGCCGCUCCUGCCCAGCACACAUGCCCCACCCCAUGAGAGUUGGAGCCAGUCUCAGGAGCACCCUGUUUGUUCUCUCUGUGUGAUCAGGAGGUUAUACAUGGAGCAGAAUUAUUGGAAUUCCGAUUUCUUCUUGCCCUCCCUCCCACACUAGUCCCCAUCCCUCAAACAAUUUUUUUUCUAUUUAGCUUUUUGUAUGUAAGAUGUUGUAAGAACAGGAACACAGUUCUAAACACUGUUGCAUUGUAGGAAUCUGUUCCCCACCACUCACGCACCCUCCUAAUCCUCCACUACCUCCAUCCUCCACCCUUCCCCCUACUCCUUCUCCAUUCUCUGCUCGCCACUUUCCCUCAUCCGUCCCCCCAAAGUCCCUCUUCCUGACCUUCCCGCCCCCCCCCCCCACUCUCCCCUCCGACACUCACCACUUCCCCAGCCCCCUCAUCCUCUUGCCCAACAUCCCUCCUCCUGUACCACCACCCACCACACUCCUCCUCCUCCUCCUCCUCCUCCUCCUCCUCCUCCUCCCCCCUCCUCCCCUGCCCCUUCCUCUCUCCCUGUGGUCAAGGCGAGAGGGUCAAUCCCACAAUGCACUGGACCAAACCAUAGUGGGCGGGGGUAUAUAUUAGCAGCUAUUUUGUGAAUAACAUGCAGUUGAUAGAUUUACAAGAAGCUUAAAACAAAAUGUUGCACAAUGUUUGAAGUUCUUUUUGUGUGCGUGUGUGCGUGGUAAAGGAAUGAUUUCACAUUAUACCUGUGGCGUUUUUUAAAACUACAAUCAUUGUGUAUAGAACAAUACUGACUGUUUCAGUAUCAAUGUUGUAGUGAAUCUCAAUGAAAAACUUUCCAACCCUUGUUCUUUUUCUGUAUGGACCUAUUUUAAUCUGUGAUCACCCUGUUAAAGACUUUUUAGAUUCUGUUGUUUAUGUCAGACAUAUACAAACAGCACAGCUUCCAUGUCUGUGUUGUACAAGUCAGUCAAAAGUGCUCAGAAUCUUUACCCUUUCUCUGUCUGUCUGUCUCUCUGUCCCUCUCACACUUUCUUUUUCUCUCUCUCUCUCACUCCCUAUUGCACUGCAUUUUUUUUUUGUAACAACAGUUUAGUACAAUCUAAGAAUAGACCCCCUUCCUUUUGAACCAUCAACCUGUUUUUUAAACCAUGUUUUGAAAAGAAUUUGGCUAUUUUAUUUCAGUUUUAAACCCUCUGUGUGUGUGUGUGUGUGUGUGUGUGUGUGUGUGUGGAGGGUCAGUGCUGAGGAAAUGUUUCCUUCUUAACCCUGGGUUAAAAUUGAUGAAACAGUCCACAGCCCCUUCCCUCAGCCUCACUGUGUGCGUCCCCAGUUGGAAGGGAGUAUCAGAAAGAAACUUUUUUUAGAGAGUGGGGAACAUAUUUUCACUCCUGGAGGUUAUGAUAAAUCAGGAAUUGAAUGUGAGAGUUCUGCCCCUUGUAGUUUGUCAGCAGAGGAUCUGGGGAACAGACCCAUGUUGCUGAGAGGACACCUGUUUUGGAAGCAGUUGAUCUCCUGAGCAGGGAAUUCAUUGUGUAACACCCACAGAUCCUGCCUCGUAAAACCGCCCCCCAGAACCUUUACUCAGCUUCACAUUCACAGUCGCCUGUCAAAGAUUUUCUUAGCCUGUGGAAGAACAUGUCAGAGGGGAUCUGGUUAAUUUAACACAAGACCACGUCCAGAUGAAGGUGAACAUGCACACCACUUCCCUUUCUCCUUGAGUCACAUUGUGAAACCACUGUUAGACCUGCAGUGGGCCUCCAUGUAGCUCCAGUCCGUCUUGAAGCAUUUGGCGUUCAAGAUGGCGGCCCAGCACCAGCACCCCUCCAGGAAAGCCGCCAGGAGUGGGCGAUAAAACAGUGUUCCCGUUCCCCGUGAGUGAGUCAGAAAGACAGACCCUCCACCCUGGCUGGCCAGCUCAUCGAUUGGGAGGUAGGGACAAGAGCAAGCCAGUUAGCCCCGAAAGCCCAGAAGGUCAUCCCAAGAUCCUUGGUGAUUCUGCCAACCCAGAACCCAAUUCUGGGCCCUCGCGCUCUUCGCCUCUUCCCUCACCUGCACCCCCCCCCGUCUGAUUGGCAGCUCUGUGCCCACAAUCACUGUUCGUAAUCUCUCUUCUGAAUGAAGAAUUUGAGUGAGGGCUUGAAAUGCCUCACAGCAGGGUUAGUGAGCCUGGGGCAGAGGAUGUGGAGUUGGGAUGUGUUCAGAUUAUUUGGAGGUCAGUGGUGGGGGAUGGGGAGGUGGUUUAGCUAGAUUGAUGUUAGCGAUGUUUUCAGUUAUGCUGCUUCACUUCUCCGUGUUUUACAUUCUGCCCAGUCCUUGGAAUAAUGAGUGACGCACUGUAUGGAGCUGCGGCUAUUUCUGUUGUAAGGUCAGUCAGCAUUGGCAGCUGUAACCGUGAGAUAAUGGUGAGUCAGGGACUCUGAGCUCCGGCUCUUUAUAUUGACUGUGCUGAAGUGACAGGUGAAUGAUUAAACCAACAGGCAUCUGCACUCCACUGAGCGUGAGAGUUUAUAAAAGGGGAAAAACAAAGAUAACUUGGACAGCAAAAUAACAUGUUCCUUUAUUUCCUCUUGACACUUUCACCGUUGGCACAUUUUAAAGAGGCGGGGAAGGAAGGCAGGUUUGACUGGGAUAGAUAUCAUGUGGAUUACAUUCCAGGCAGAGUAGGUGACCGCAGACGCGCCCCCCCCAUCCCCCGCCGCCGCCGGUGAUCCAGAUGAGAGAGAGAUGUGAGGGAUCUGACCUCUAACCUGAUUCCUGCUUGCGAUCUCGGAGUGUCGACUGUGAGAAGUUCCCUUCCCCCACCCCAGCCUCGCACUGUUCCAAAAUCACGUCCAGUAGAUAGAGGGACAACACAUGGAAGAGACCACCUUAUCCUGUCUCUGAAUGUGGAGAAGCCAAACCUAAUUUGCAGAACAUUUCACAAAGAAACAAGCAAAGAGUUCAAAUAUUAUUUUUGACCUGGGUUUUUUGCUCUUAUAUUAUUGAUUGAAAGCAAUGCAUUUUUCUUUUACAAACAACAAAACCAGGCUUUCUAAGCACCCGCGUAGAUAGUGACUCAGCCAGGAAACCCCACAUUGUAAAAUCACCUGGUGGGCUGGAGGAGGUGGACGGUCUGGGAGUGGUGUGCAGAACGGGUCAGGGCAGGGCAAAAGUGCUGGGGGUAUUGUUUUCUGCUGCAUUAUAGUUUUCUCAGUUGGUAUUUGAGGGUUGGGAUUAGAAUCGGGGAGGGCUGGUGUCGAAGCUGUGGGCAAAUGAGCCAUUUGGUGUGAAGAGGGAGAGGUUCGAUAAGAGUUGGCAUCUAUGCGCACACACAGAGACAGAGGCAGGGGGGUGGGGGUUGUGGGUAGAAGGUACACAAUGCACCAGGCAAACAGCACUGACCUCAGCAUUCCCCACCUCCCCCCCCCCCCCCCCCCCCAACCUUCAACCCCCACACCCCAACGCACCUCGAUUCAACAAGAAAGCCGGGCAGUCUGUAGGCCGAGUGAGCACUACGCUGAACCAUGAAGUGUUAUGAAGAAUUUGACUGCUUCGAUUAAUGUUUUAAGGUAAUAUACUAGUGUUUUAACAGAAGCUUCAUCAGGUUCUGAUGCUGCAAUGUUUUUAAUUUUUAUUUUUGGCGUAUUGACGUGAAUACCCUGACUGAAUGUUAGGCGUGUGAAUCUUGACUCAAGCCAAAAGAAGUUUCCAGAAAUGGUUGACUGCUUGGUCCACCUGUAAAUAUUGGCCAGCCCAGAACUUAACUCUCACAUUUCAUCAUUAUUCUGGCUUUUUUUGUGUGUCAAAAACUACACAUUAUGAACAUAGAUAUUAAAACUACACUUUGAAUAGUGAAUAAGUUUUUAAAAACAAAAGUGUAUUUUUUUUAUUUUUAAAAAUGUUGGGAAGUACGUCUCCAAAUUUGAUGUGAACGAGCCGGUAAUUUUGUAGACUUGUUUUGAUGUAGUUGGCAGGAACUUUAACCGCUUACCUUCCAACUAUUUAGGGGGGCCUGACUUGACAGUGAUGUGCAGAGGAGGGGGAGAGAGAGAGACCGAAAAUAUCAUCUCUCAUGUCCCAGGCUUUGAGGUUCCCCAAUCCUCCAGGGCUGGCCUGGAGUCUCUGGGAAUCAAAGCCCAAUGUUCCUCAGAGAAAAACCACCAAAAGAUUUGUACUUAUUUUGACGCUUUCUUUAAAAGUUUCUCUUCUCCCACCCCAGAUGAAAGAAUUACAUGUUGAAAAUGAGGAAAGUUGGCCAACAGUUGAGCAUUGCCCAACUGGGUAGAGAGUUCUUCUCGCUCACUCAUUGGCUUAGGACAGCAGCAUGUCACAUGUCAGCUGACCAAAGGCUGGCGCAUGGGGGCAAAUCAUGUGACGGAGACUCCAGGAUUGGCAACCCCCAGCCCCCACAGUACCAAGGCAUUUGAAGUUCACUCUCUCUCGUCCCCUCUCUCUCGUCCCCUCCUCCUCCUCUUCUGUCUCUCUUCCUCCUUCACACUCUUCCCCUCUCUUUAAUGUGGAAGAAGGAUUUGUGGUGAGUGUAUUUGGGGAAGGAGGGGGAAGCACUGUUGGGGUCUCCCCUCGUAUUGUUCAUGGGUCAACGGUUAGUGAUCCUUGUCAAGUCCUCUCUUGAACACUUGUGCUCAUGUGGAACGCAAUUAAACGUUCCGUUUUUAGCUGUUUGCAUUUUUUUUAGAAGGAAAGAAAAGAUAUAAAAGAUAUGUAUUUAUAUUAUACUGUGUACCCACUUGUCCUGUGCUUUCUUAGGUGAUGGUUCCAGAAUUGUAUUAGAAAUUUUGAUCUUGUACUGUGUGGAAAAAUAAACAAAAAGUCAAAAAAAAUUAAUAAAUGUUUACAGUAUUCACUGAAA